AUGCCUCAUGAUAACGACCUCGGACGGCUUUCAACUUGUACCUCUUGCCGUUUCAAGGAGAACAGGUCGAAUUACUGGACGGCUGCACUCUACUUCAGGGCUAGGAACGGGUCGUACAUGAGAAUGCCCAAUCAAUUCACCGGAAACUACAACGGUGGUGUGACGGUUUAUUACAUCCAACCAAUUGGCAGCAACGAGAAGGUGACGGCUUUCCCCAAGGGCUUCCGUAUGAUUGUUGGUGACCCUAUGUCCCGCGCUAGGAGGACUUCGGGUACCAACGAUAUCGAUGCUCGAGCCAUCACUUUCCGCUGCUUCGGCGCCAACUUCCAAAGUGACCCCAAUUACAUCCACCCUGGUACUGGCAACCGUGACACUGUCGCGCUCCCCUCUGGCCAAUGUGCUGGUGGUAUCCGAUCCAACAUCUUCUUCCCCUCGUGCUGGAAUACUCGAGAUAUCGAUCCCCCCGACCACAGUGCUCACAUGGCUUAUCCUACUGGUAACAUUGGUCGCGAUGGUCUCUUCUUCCACGUCGGUUCUUGCCCUUCCUCUCAUCCCAGGCGUAUGCCUCUCCUGUUCCUCGAAAUUGUUUGGGAUACUCGUCAAUUCAAUUCCCAGUGGCCCACGGACGGCAGUCAGCCAUUCGUUCUUUCCAACGGAGAUCCUACCGGUUACGGACAGCACGCCGACUACGUCUUUGGAUGGCAAGACGACUCUCUCCAGCGCGCCAUGGACCAAUGCACGGAUAUCGGUGGACAACCCGAGAGCUGCCGCGCUUUGACCAGGAACUCCGACGCCGAGAUGAACCAGUGCACCUUGAAGACCGUCGUCAACGAGCGUGUUGAAGGAGUGUAUCUCAACGAGCUCCCUGGAUGCAAUCCAAUUCAGAAUGGCCCUAACCCUGCCACCAUGGUCCGGGACUGCCGCGCCCUCUCGACCACUGGCGUCGGAGGCCCCGUCGUCACCAAUCCUCCCGUUGUUACCAACCCUCCCGUCGUUCAGCCUCCUCCUCCCGUCACCCAGCCCGGAGGCCCUCUCCAGACCCGAUACGGCCAAUGCGGCGGCCAGGGUUGGACGGGACCCACUCAAUGCCAACCUCCGUACGCAUGCCAAGUGUCCAACCAAUGGUACUCUCAGUGUGUCUAA